UGUGUGUAUGUGUGCAUACAUUCAUGUGUGCAUACGUAUGUAUUUAUAUACGUGAGUAUGUGUUUGUCGACUACAACUGAUGCCUACAACACAUGAUCACACUAACACCGACACCAGCUGCACAGCACAGCGAGUCAUUGCCAUUCACAGUCAGACUUGACAGCUAGCUAGUUACGCGAGGGUCAGUCUUGUGUGGUUUGAACCACAUCAUCAGCACGAACACAACUGUAUUGUCAAUAGCCCUUAAUAUUCACCUCCCUAAUACUGCAUCACAACCGGUACAUUUACAAGGGUGAGGAAACAACGAAAGACUACCCCACUGGUUUUCUUUCGAUAUCGGUAAUUAUUUGGAAGUCUUUCUUCAUCUUUAAAUUAACACCUAGCAAUCGUAUUUGCGACGAUCGUUCAUAUACAUGUGUCAAACACAGAAAUAUUAAGAUAUAUACGAUUAAUUACAGGUGUAGAAUUGUACCGAUCGAUAUAAAUAUAUAUUUGUCAACCCUUACAGAAGGCGUUGGUGGUCUUAAGUGUGAUGUUUUGGGGAUUGACUUAAUGUUGUUGCUGCAGAUGUUGAUGUCACAGUAGCUUCUAUUAUUGCAACAGUUGUUAUUAUUGAAGUUGCUGUCACUGGUUUUGUUCGCCCUGUUAUAAAUUGCUAUUUGUUGACGGUGUUGUGACCUGCAUUCGUCAAGGUGUGACACCGACUCGAAACUAUAACCAGCUGAGUGUUUGUACCCGCCACAGAACCAACCAUACCAUACCAUACAACAGUGAUGUCGGUUGUUCUUACUGCUUUCCGCAAUUCCAAGACUGCCAAAGCCAAGAAAGAACAACUGAAAAAGAAAAAGACGAAAGAUCGAUAUGCUGCAAGGCAACAAUUGAGUCAACCAAAAUUUUAUGAAGAGCAAUCUGUCGAAAGCCAACAAUUGAGAUAUGUCGAAAGCCAACAAUUGAGAUUUGUUGAAAGUGAACAAUUGAGAUCUGUUGAAAGUGAAGAAUUGAGAUCUGACGAAAGCCCGCAAUUGAGCAAAAAAUCUUCUUCCUUGCUCAUCGAAGGGGAUCAGUAUAUCCCUGAACAGCGAUCCUGGGUCAGGUUAUGGACUGUUAAUUUAGAUAAUAUUUUUUAUUAUAUUAAAUACCAUUAUGGCACUGGCUCAGUAAAUUGUAAUGGAGAUUUCCUUAAAACAAUUAGUGGCUUCAGCAAGGAAGGACCUCAGACCAUCUUUCUUAUUGGCACCCAUGAGGCCUGUAUACAGACAGUAACCAAUGGUGUUAACAAGUAUGGCUGCGUUCACACUCUCAAAGUCAAUGGAGAGAUUGUACCAGAAUAGAACAGGUGCUGUUCUUACUGCCUCUCUCUUGGAGAGAGAGAAAGUGAGAGCAGUGAGAAGGAAGGGUAGAAAUGAAAAUAUUGCGAAUGAAGGAUGGGGAAGUAGACAAAGCAAAAGAAAAGACAGGGGGGAGUGGGGGGAGAGAGAUAUAAAAAAAAGAAGAGAAUAACUAGAAAAGAGGAGCCUAAAAGAGACAGUGAUA